AUGUCUACUUCUGCGUACAAUCUGAGGACGGAUUACCUCAGCGAAGCCUUUGGAAUCGACAACCCACGGCCGGAGUUUUCCUGGAGACUGGAAGCUAGCGACCCUUCGGACAAGAAUGCGAUAGUGUUCCAGAAUGCAUAUCGUGUGCAGGUUGCCCUGCUCGACACUUUCAGGCCUAACAGCAUCGUUUGGGAUAGCGAUAUCGUACGCUCACAGGAUCAGUUCGGCAUCAUCUAUGCUGGUGGCCUGCUGCAAUCAAUCACAAAGUAUUACUGGCGGGUCCAGCUAUAUGAUAUGCAUGAUGGUUGCAGUGGCUGGAGCAAGACUGCAAAAUUCGAGACUGCAAUCAUGGAUGCGAGGUUGUGGAAGGCCAACUGGAUUACUGGACCUGUCGAGGAUACAGAGCAUGCCAUGUACUUUCGCGGCUGCCUGACCGUGCCGACUGGAGUGCUCAAAGCUAGGGCAUUCGUCUCUGCUUUGGGCUGGUAUAGGUUGUUUGUCAACGGCAGAGACUUGACUGGGAAUUGCUGUGUACCAAGAUGGACGCCAAUGAAUUCUGUAGUCGAGUAUCAGGAUUACGAUAUCACAGGAUAUCUCAAACCUGGACUCAACCACUUCAGCGUCGUGGUAGGAGAUGGCCGCUGGAGAGGAAGUCUAGGCCUCAGGGAUACCAGAGCCAAACACCACGAUCCUGUUGCUACGUUUUGUCAAGUGAACAUCAACAUGAAGGACGGCAACAGGAUUGUCCAUGGCAGUAGUGAGGAAUGGCUUGCCGGUACGGGAGCCAUCAUCCGCUCAGAUCCAAAGCUAGGCGAAGAGCACGAUCUUCGCAUCAGCAGCGAUGAGUGGCUGGGUGUCGUGGCACCUACGCCCCCUACUGUCAAGGGCUCUCGCUGGACACACGCUCGUCUUCUUCCACAACACUACUCGCGCAAACUGAUCGCUGAGGAAACACCACGUACAAAGGAAAUCGGCGGACUACGACCAAAGGGAAUCCUCCGCUCACCCACCGGCAAGCAAAUCUUCGACUUUGGACAAAACAUUGCUGGAUUCGUGGUCGCAAAACUCAAGGGUAAAGCUGGCACCAAAGUCACCAUUACGUACUCGGAGUCAAUCGGCCCCAAUGGAGAACUUGACCUCGAUUAUACAUUACCCAUCGAUGGCAAAGCACAGCAGGAUUCGUGCAUCUUGAGUGGAAAGGAUACUUGGUUCCAGCCUUGGUUCACUCGCCAUGGUUUCCGCUAUGCUGAGAUUGGGGGCUGCAAGGAUGUCGGCUUCAAUGACAUCAAAGCUUUGAUCGUGUCUGCGGAUCUGCCAGAAACCGGCAUGUUUGCAUGCUCGGAUUGGAGGCUGGAGAGAUGGAGAGAAAAUGCUUUGCGGUCCAUGCGAGCGAACUUCGCGGACGUGAUCACUGAUUGUCCGACACGAGAACGACUAUGCUGGAUGGGUGAUUUGCAGGCUAUUUCACCCACUUCGACCAUGUUCUUGGACACGCAGACUUAUCUCAGAAGGACGUUGAGGAACGUUGCUCUCGAGCAAUUGCCUGACGGAACCGUACCGCCGUUCUUGCCUGGAGAAUGUGCUCAAGUUUACAAGGGGCUGUGGUGGCCGAUGUCCCUGAUCACGACAUCGGUGGGCUGGGGUGAUGCCUGCGUGUUGGUGCCCUGGACAUUAUACCAAUACUACGGCGACAAAGCAGUCCUGAAACGCCAAUACGGGUCCAUGAAACGCAAAGUCGAGCAAAUGGUUCGCGACGCACGCAACGGCAGAGGAGGCUAUGGCAAAUACUUCAAGGGCGAGCGCAACGAACAUGAACCCUAUAUCCUCGACAGCGACAAGAUGUGGGGAGAAUGGUUGGAGCCUGGCAGUGGUAUGUGGGGACUUUUCAAGUCUCUGAUGAUACCUAGCCCAAACACCGCGACGGCAUACUUUGCUCAUAAUGCUUCUGUGCUUGCAAAGGCCGCUGAAGCACUGGGAUAUGCACAAGAUGCAGACCAUUACCGACAGCUGUCUGAGCGGGUGCGCGUGGCCUGGCGUGCUGCAUUCGUGUACUCGGACUCGCGCAUUGGCGACGACAAACAAGACGACUAUGUGCGCGCCCUCGCUUUCAAUCUGAUCCCAGAGACCACACGUCCGGAUGUGAUCGCACGCCUGGUCGAAAUAAUCGAAGACUCAAACUUCCACUUCGGCACCACCCUGCUCAACACGGCCAUCCUACUCACCGUGCUCAGCGACAACGGCAGAGCAGACAUCGCCUACAAGCUUCUUCUCAACAACCAACCUCGCACCUUCCUCAACCAAGUCGAAGCCGGCGCAACCACCACCUGGGAAACCUGGACCGGCUACGACGAAACCGGACGCGCAAAGGGCUCUCAUAAUCACGUCGCCACAGGCGCCUGCACACGCUGGCUCCAAGAAGGCAUCAUCGGCAUCACACCCUUGUCGCCCGGCUACCGCAAGAUCAAAAUCAGACCUUUGGUAGGCGGAGGCCUAGAUCACGCAUCAGGAGGCAUCGAAACACCGUUUGGUCUUUGCAAAGCCACCUGGCGAGUCCUCCCCGCAACAGCAAUGGUCAAAUUGUGCGUCAGUAUCCCAGCAGGCGCAUCAGGAGAAGUGCAUCUCGGCAAUGGCGAGAUCCACGAUGUACCAGCCGGCACCCACUUUUUCGAAUGGCUGGAUGCUGCUUCAGCGCCUGCUUCACCGGCUGCUAGCGAUUUAUCUGUCGAGACGGUAGUGCUGGAUCGGGCUAGUGUGGCUAGUCCUCCUCAGAGUCCUGGUGGCACUGCAAUGCCUUCGCCACUGAACCCUGGUUAUUUGGAUGCAGUGGCGAAAGUGACGAGUAGUGGAGGGAGGUUGCUACCGCCUUCUGUGCCACUGUCACAAGGAGUCCCCAAGUCGAGGACUGAUAGUGUGGUUAAUGCUGCAGGGGUGAGCAAGGCUGCUGCGUUGAACAGGAGGAGUUUCCAAUUACCGCAGAAUGGGGCUACUAUCUCUUGGCCGCCCACGGCUGCUACUUGA